UGAUGGACAAAUAUUAUCCUAUUAAUAAAAUUUGGGGGCUCCAUAUACCUAUCGUAUCUAUCCGUCAUCCAGAUGAUCUAGAGGUAAUAUUAAAUAAUACGAAGAAUAUAGAAAAAAGUAUCAUAUACAAAAUUUUGAUUCCUUGGCUAAAUACUGGACUUCUUACCAGUGGAGGUAAUGUAGCAAAAAUUAAUAUCAUAAAUAGACGCAUAUACGAGGUCUGCGCGGAAAAUAUCCAACUUAGUGCUGAAGAAAGAGUUAAAUUUUGUCCAAUAACGUGUUCCUUCCAGUGUACUUCUUUUUGGAAGCCAUAACUUUCUUCCAGAGAUCUUUCCACUUUUGGAAACACUCCUUAUGUUCAACAUUCGGACGUACGCUUCCAAUUAUUGAGUACUGUGUACUGGAGCAUAUAAUUCAUUAUACAUUUAUUACGAUGAAAAAAAAAGUAUCGUAUUGUAAUGUCGGAAAACAUAUAAUUUUACACACACACAGACUUAAAUAUUUUCUCAAGCUGAUAAAGCAGUAUCACUUAUUCAUUGUAAGCUCACGAGUUUACAAGUGAGAUCUAAUGUAAAAAUAUAUGUCUCCGGUCACAUACGAAUAGCAAUUAAACCGUGCC